UUCUAGUGCCUUAACCUCUAUGCUCUGACUCCACUGUAAGGUCUAAGUUCUGUUCCCUCAGUCCAUUAUUCAAGAGUCAUUUUCCUUAUUUUGGUGAAUGUUUCUGAUUCUUGUUAGUGUCCACUGUUUCUGUUGAUUAAGUCCAGUGAUGCUAGCCACACCGGUAGAUGCGUAACCUGGUUACCCACCAGGCAGGCAGAUGGGGGCAGGUGGGCGAGGUGCAGCGUACUGUAUGAUGCAGGGGGGCACUGUGCAGCAGCUGAAGUUCCUCUUGGGCGUAAUCAUGUCCUGCGUACGGAACCAGCUGCCUUUCUCUGCAUUGUAGCAUUCCACCUUUGCAGUGACUUUGAAGCCAUCGGAGCCUCCCAUUGCAAACAGCAAGCCGUCCACCACUGCGAUGCCGAAAUAGCUCCUUUGUUGUUUCAUGGGAGGUGCAGCGUGCCACUGAUUAAUUGCAGGGUCAUAAACCUCCAUACUCCGCACUGGAUGAGCCCCGUUGGUACCGCCUACCUGGGAGACACCAAUGAGUACAAGAAAGGAAUCACUCACCGCAUAGAUGUUUCCCUGAUAUGCAGCUACUCCGAGGCCACGUCAGCGAGUGCGCAUGGGAGCGAUCAAGGUCCAUUCGCACUGUGUGUGGGGAGCCACAGCCCCAUCCCUCAGGACAUGAAGCAGACACGGAGGAGGCCCGGACCCCAGACAGUCAGAGGCCCCCCAGGGCGUGGGAGCCCCCGGAGGACCACCGCAGGGAGAAUAGCAGCCCCUCACCCAGAAAAGGGCAGAGGAGAGCUCCGGAGGGAGGCCAUCCGGCAGCCACCGUGCAGGCUCCACCGGCGGCCGGCCCCACCACGGCAGACCAGGCCCUGGGCCCAGAGAUCCAAGGGCCCCCCCACCCCCCAGCAAGGGCCCGACAGAGCCAGGAGGGCCAGAUCCCGCCAGGCAAUCGCCGCGGGCGAGCCAGCACCCACCCGAGCACCCAGCCCUGGACAUCGAGAACCACCAACGCACCAGUGGCCAGGUGCCCCAUCCACCAGCAGGGAGUGUGGCGGGGGGGAAUAGAGCCCGAGAUGUUAUUUCAGGUGGAGUCUAGAACCCAACCUGACACAUGCAUAUAGACAAACAGGCACACACAUAUACAAGCAUACGUUCCCACCCUCAUGCACACAUAAACAAAUAUUUACACAUUCACCCAACAUAGAGACACACAGAAAUGAACGCUGUACACACACUCUCACUCCCCGUAUAUACUCUCUGUGGACCCCAUUUUUUUCCUCUGCCGAGGAAACCGGAAGACCACCCUGGACCCCGCAGCAGCCGAGAAGCGCACCAGCCCAGACCCCGACCAGACGGCCAGAUCAGUGACCUUUCAAAGUCAGAUCGUGGACUUUUAUCGUCGAGAUCAUGUAUGAUCUUCAAUACAUCAGUGAUAAUUGGCCUGCACGCCGCAUUGGCCUUCACUAGAUCGUUGGCUUUGACGAUCUUCAUAAAGUACUCCGGAUCCAUACGAGCCAUACGAAUCUACACAGGAAACAAAAAUGAGAGAAUUCCCAUGGGUUCCUUAGUGCUUUCUGUGAAUCUCUGGAGAUGAGCAAUUCCUAACAUUAAAGGUACAUUAGCUGAAGCCAUUUACAUAGAAAGUCUCAGAUGUGUCAGCUAACACUUAUUUCAUGUAAGACAUUUCAGUGUUUUGUUUUCCAUUAUUUGUUACACUCUCCUCCCAGGUGUAAUACCUGGAAGCCUUGGUUGUAGACUUAUGGGACAUGGAAAUGGAGGUUCAGUCUCUAGCUACAGUAAUAAGGACUUCACUCAAUGAGCAUUCUAU